AUGGCUAGCAUAACCACCCAACCGAUCACAGCAGAGACAAUUUGUGUUAAGAAAGGACAAGUCACAGUCAAGGAUAUCAUCUUAAGUCCAGCAGCGCCUGACAUCCCACUUCCACCACCAUCAAAGAGUCUCGUCGACAUCUUGGAUGUGGAUAAAGGCACGCCGGAUUACCAUGUGCAUCGCGAUCCACGAUUGAUUCGGUUGACGGGAAUUCAUCCAUUUAAUGUGGAGCCGCCGUUGACAGCGUUGUAUGAUGAGGGCUUUCUCACGUCCCCGGAACUAUUCUUUGUUCGGAACCAUGGAGCAGUGCCGCAGGUCCACGAUGAAGAUAUUCCGGAUUGGGAGAUUAGCAUAGAAGGGCUGGUUGAGAAGCCACGAGUCCUGACCUUCCGCGAGGUGCUUCAGAAGUAUGAUCAGAUUACCGCACCUAUUACACUCGUCUGUGCGGGCAACAGACGCAAAGAACAGAACACAGUCCGGAAGUCCAAGGGCUUCUCAUGGGGUGCGGCUGGCUUAUCGACGGCACUAUUCACAGGUCCUAUGAUGGCGGAUAUUCUGCGUCGUGCAAAGCCACUUCGACAAGCAAAGUACGUCUGUAUGGAGGGAGCUGAUGCACUGCCGAACGGAUUUUACGGAACUUCGGUCAAACUGAACUGGGCCAUGGACCCAAAUCGAGGAAUCAUGUUGGCCCAUAAGAUGAACGGCGAAGAUCUUAGGCCAGAUCAUGGCCGUCCUUUGAGGGCAGUGGUGCCAGGCCAAAUUGGAGGUCGGAGCGUGAAGUGGUUGAAGAAGUUGGUUUUGACUGAUGCCCCAAGCAAUAAUUGGUAUCACAUCAAUGAUAAUCGAGUGCUCCCGACAAUGGUAACACCGGAGAUGUCAGCUCAGAAUCGCAAGUGGUGGGCCGAUGAGCGAUAUGCGAUUUAUGAACUGAGCGUGAAUUCAGUGGCUGUGUAUCCACGCCAUGAGGAAGAAAUCGAUUUGUUAACAGCUGGACCUACGUAUAUAGCCAAGGGAUAUGCAUACGCAGGCGGUGGUCGGAGGAUCACAAGGGUUGAGAUUUCUCUAGACAGAGGCAAAUCAUGGCGCUUGUCCGAUAUAAAAUACGCCGAAGAUAGAUACCGCAACUUUGACGGCGACCUGUUCGGCGGCAAGAUUGACAUGUGGUGGAGGGAAGCAUCUUUCUGUUGGUCUUUCUGGUCAUUGGAAGUCCCAGUGGUGGACCUAGAGACCAGCGACGCUAUCCUAGUACGCGCAGUGGAUGAGGCAUUGAGCACUAUGCCGCGUGACAUGUACUGGUCUGUCUUGGGUAUGAUGAAUAACCCAUGGUUCAGGGUUACAAUCACGAAACAAGGAAGUAAGUUGAAAUUUGAGCAUCCCACGGAUCCAACUAAAGCCGGAGGGUGGAUGGAAAGAGUCAAGAAGACUGGUGGUGACUUGCUCAAUGGGAACUGGGGUGGAAGGGUUAAAGACGACAAGCCCGUCGAACCAGAACCUGUGAAGGAAAUAAACAUGAAGAAAGACGGCGUGAACCGGAAAAUCGAUUUGCAAGAACUGAAAGCCACUAGAAGCCGCGAGAAGCCAUGGUUCGUUGUUAAUGGCGAAGUGUAUGAUGGCACGGGCUUCCUCGAAGGCCACCCCGGAGGAGCGAUCAGUAUGACCUCUUCUGCUGGUUUGGAUGUAUCCGAGGACUUCCUGGAAAUCCACAGUGAAACUGCCAAGGCCAUGAUGCCAGAUUACCAUAUUGGCACACUAGACAAGGUAUCUUUCGAAGCGCUGCAGGGUAGUUCAGCUGCUGGAUCUGAUGAGCCACACGAAGUGUUCCUUCAGUCCCGAACAUGGAAAAGAGCCACUCUCACAGAGAAGAAAAAAGUAUCCUGCGAUACACAGGUUUUUGUCUUCGACCUAGAAUAUGAGAAGCAGGCUCUCGGUCUAUCAAUCGGCCAGCAUCUGAUGAUCAAGGUCGAGGACCCAUCAAAUAAUGAGGCCAUCAUCAGAUCAUACACUCCUAUUUCAGACACAACCCUUUUGGGCAAGAUGGAAUUGCUCAUAAAGGUCUACUAUCCAAUGGAAAACAUCCCAGGAGGAAAAAUGACCAUGGCUCUCGACAAGCUUCCCGCAGGCUCAGAGAUCGACUGCAAGGGCCCGGUAGGUCGAUUUGAGUAUCUCGGCAACGGCCGGGUUUCAAUUGGAGGCAAAAAGCGCCAGCUCCGCUCGUUCAAGAUGAUAUGCGGGGGAACGGGCAUCACGCCAGUCUUCCAAGUUUUGCGGGCUGUUAUGCAAGACACCAAAGACACCACGACAUGUGUUGUGCUAGAUGGAAACAGGCAGGAAGAAGAUAUACUGUGUCGUUCAGACCUCGAUGCUUAUGUGGAGACCGAUAGCCGGAAAUGCACUGUUGUGCAUACAUUGACCGAAGCAUCUGAUACCUGGGCUGGUCGCCGGGGCCGCAUUUCUGAGGAACUGCUCGCGGAGUAUGCAGCUCCAGAAGAGCAGAGUAUGGUUCUAGUCUGUGGGCCUGGGCCCAUGGAGCAGUCUGCUCGCGAAAUUCUUCUCGCCCAUGGUUGGGCAGAGUCAGAUCUUCACUUCUUCUAA